AGUUCGUGUUGCAAUCUCUGAUUUCGAAAUGCAAAACAAUUGUCACAUUUUCCAGAAGCAGCACAACAGCUAUGGAGAAGUUCAAAUUAGAGCAACGGUCUGAAAGGCCACUAAAACUGAAGCAAGAUGUCAUAACGAGAUAGCACAGCACGUAUAUUAUGAUUCAGCGGAUUCUUCAGACAAGUACUGCAAUAUCAAGCGCUAUCUACUCCAAAAGCGCCCCCGACUCUUACAGCUGCUGAAAUACAAGCGUUAGAGGAAAUAGAAAAACUACUUCUUCCUUUUCCAACUAUAACAGAAAAAUGCAGCGGAAAUUAUAUAACAGUAUCAUAUAUUAUUCCGUAUCAAUCUUUACUCUAAAUUAUUGGAGGGAAUUUAAAAACGACUUAUUAUAUAUGAAACUAGACCGCCAACACGAAUGGCCACGAUUCUAGAUCCGCGUUUUAAAAAAGAAGCUUUCAUAUCUGAAAAUAUUGCUAACGAAACAUCAAAUUUACUUGAAAAUGAAAUUAUGCAUUUUAUGGGACAUUCGCACACGCAACCACCUUCCCAACAAGAAACAACGGAAGGUGAAGAUACACUUUUUUCAUUUCUACACGAAAAAAACAGAAACAAAAGGCGGUCAAAACGGGCAGAUUUAAUUUUAAUAAAGCACCAGUACUUGGAGAGACAAAAUGCUGCGCAAAAUACAAACCCUCUGGAUUACUGGAAGCUAGCAGAAGAAGAUUUCUUACCCUUAAAGGAGUGCGGGCAGAAAUAACUAUGUAUUCCAGCGUCAUCAGUAUAAUCGGAACGAAUGUUCAGUAAAGCAGCUUUAAUAGUAAACGAAAAAAGGUCGCAACUAAAGCCUAAAAAUGUUGACGUGCUUUGUUUCUUAAAUAA